AUGUGUUUGAAAAGAUUUUCAAAAUGCAAAUGUUGCGAAGUGGAGUCCGUGUUCGGACACAGCCUCAAAGAAGGGGUAAUAUUUGUGGGAAUAACAUCUUUGGUUAUAUCUCUGGUGAUGCUGUUUACUGCGAUCACAGGUCUCCUUGUCAUAUCGUGUAUGAAGAAACAGUACAACAACAAUCCGAUCGUCGCUACGAACUUGAUAUUUGGACUUGUAGCUGCUUGCUUAUCUACUUACCAGAUAAUCAUCACACUGUUGUUGCUUUGGCAGGCGACAAAGGGCAACAUAUUCCUGUGUUCACUGUGGUUCGUGUCCCACAUAUCAUUGCUGACGAUGUACUUUCUGCUGUUCAGCGCGGAGGUUGUGGUCUGCUUUGUGAAGAAGCGAUUCAUUACUGCUGUCGUUACUAUGUUUAUAGGAAUUCUAUACGAAGCCACUUUUAUAUACUUUGCCAUUAUAGUCAACAGUUAUUUACAUUCUUUAAAUCAAACAAGAUACUUAUAA